UUGUGCCACGCGUUCAAAACAUUCACCUCUGCAUCUAUUCUUUUCAGGCCAGGAGGCCCAGGACCGAAGCCUUAAGUUCCCUCUCUCCACCGGUUGCAAUCACAUCUCCGGUCGUCACCGAUAAGACGAGACUCUGAUUAUUCUGCUUUUUUUUUUCCUGCCCAAACCUCUCAUCCUUAUUUUCUUUUUUCUCUUAAUAAAACAUAAACCUUCUUUUCUCUUCGGGUCAGGAUCCAAAUCUCUUCUCUCUCUGGCGGGGAUUAAUCUCAUCGGUGAGAAUAGAUAGUGGCGACUCAAAUCCAGUUGCAGAACACUCCCACCGACGACCAUUGCCAGGAAAUUAGUAUCAUGGGAAACAACGGCCAGUUUUAGGUUUUUAAACGCUAAUUUUCCCUUUAAUGGAGGUAAAGCUAACCCUAGACAAUCUUUGAAGACGCAGAGAUCGAUUUCGAUCGCGAGAUUCAUCCAUCGAACCGGGGAAAACAAAAUGCUUGGUGAUGGGGGAGAAACCCCUUCUAGGUAUGAAUUAUUGAGCAUGGUGAGGAAGCACUCAAACUUGUUAGGAAAAACGUCAGUUGAUGAAGACGAUGGUACAGAUAUUGAAAUGGAUGCUGGCUUUUGGCAUGAUUUCUUGGACUUGUAUUUUAUUCGUAGUCGGGAAUCAAGGGGGCGUCAAGAUGAUGAUCUUGUUUUUUUUGUUAGGAAAAUGAACUUGCAUGGAUAUGGUUUCAAUGAUAAUAUGGAAGAACUUCCUCCUUAUUUCGUACGCAGGUGGGCACCUAAGUUGGAGAAAGUUCUUGGUGAAAACCCUGUAGAAGUGGAUUGGAGGCGGUCAUUCUAUUUGAACUUAAUUGCACAUACUUCAUUCACAGUGACUGUUGCAAUUUGCAGUAUUCAGGCUCUUCACAAUCAUCAAAAUGAAGCAGACACACCAUUAUCUCCUAUAUAUAAGGUUGUAAAAACUGUAUAUGCAUCUCCAAGCCGGGUUAAUUUUCAUCUGGACUCAAAAAAGGAAGCAGAAACUGUUCCUGCCUAUCCAGAUAUUUGUUUCGCAGUUGAUGACUUUGAUUCAACUUUCGAUGCAGUAGUUUUGACAGAAACAGAUCACUGCUACUGUGUGCUUCUCAAUGCACAUGACGGGGCAGCAUUUCCUACUGAAAAAGAAGUAGAUGGUUCCAGCUCUAGUAAUAAAUCCUCCUUGACGAUUGACACUGAUUCUGGAAGGGUGAAGAAAUCUAAGCUUACUCUCUUCUCGGGAUUUGUCAGCUAUCAGAUGGUUCGAGAUGCAUAUGAAGCUGGAAAGUCUCGAUUUGGGAGUCUUUUGUCAAUUGGUCAUAUUCCUAAACCAGAUAGACUUUACAUGAAAGGUCCUGGCGGACGUGGGGAAGUUGAAGUAGCUGUUUCUGGUGUUGCAGAUCAAAGCCAGCAGUUUUCAGGCCCUCAUUCACCACUUCAGAUAUCCCAAAGGGGAUUCGGUAUUGGCUCAAUUGUCCGCAGAGCAGCAUCAGCUGCAUCUGUAGCAGCAAAGCAUGCCUAUGCCGCUGCUGCUGCUACCAUGAGACCUGAUGAUGAGAUGCUUCCCCUCAAGUGCUGCUUAAUGUCCAUAUCUUUACCCUGGGAGCACAUUGCAUAUGAUCUUUUGUUCAAGGGGAACCCUCCGGUGAGUUUAUGAUCAACUCAUCUUGUUCUCAUGGAGUCAUGGAGAGCCUUGAUGCAAGGAACUCACCUCAGCUACAAGAGGGCAUACGUGUGUAUUUAGUUUUAGUGUAAUUUUUUCUCCCUUUAGCAUCACUGUCGUGGCACUUUCAUUUAUGUUUAUGGUGUCCCUUUGGCUUAGUGCUUUAGGACUGAGGCUAUUGUAUAAAUAAUCGCUUAGAGAUUGGGAAUGUGGCUCAAUAUGUAUUCCUUGUUUCUUGUCUUUGAUAGUGAAGUGAGGUCCUUGCAUUCAUAUUUACCGGUUUUCCCGUUACAUAAAUUUAGAGUAUCCACAACAUUACCAAUUUUCAA